UCCACGGUUUGCUGGUACCACGUGUGUAAAUAAUGAACUGUGAUUUCUGAUAAAGGCUUCUUUUAGGAUAUUAAAUAGUACAAAAAUUAAAUAGCUAUGGCUGGGAGGAAUAAAAAACGUAAAGACCGAGGGAACGAUCGACGUUUUACGAAUACGAAGUACAAUAAACGCAUGAUGGGCAUAGGAACUAAAAUUUCCAUUGGCACUAUAGUUUCGAUAGUUAUUAUUUUGUUAGCAUAUAUGUAUAAUAAAUAUAAACUACAACAGGAUUCUAAUAUUCUUGAGGAAACUCUCGCUGGUCUUCUUCGUGAAGAGAAUUCCGCGAAAAUAUCUCCCGGCACUAAAGUUGCGAUUGGUUUCGGUUCCUGCCAAGAUAUCGUAGUUCAAAGUAAUCAAGUUGUAUUUGACCGGCCUCCCAAAUAUCCUGAACAUCAUUUCUCCAUUGCAAAUAAAGAAGAAUUUUUAGAGGUUUUUUCAUAUUUCUAUCGCCAUGGAGCAGCAGCAGAGAGGUUUGUUUCUAAUUCAACAUUUUUUGAAGAACUGGUAUAUUUAGCAGAGAAAGCACCGAGUGCCAGAUAUAUCAUUGGUGGCAAUGCUCCUGUGAUGGCCAAACGAUUUGUGAAAGAAGGUGUUGAACAAGUUCUUCUUGGUGCCCAAAUGUCCAGAUCUCUAGAAACACAGUUUCCAAAAAAUAUAAAAAUUUCUGGGCCAUUUGUUGAUGAAGAUGAUAUACAUUUACUACUUGAAUAUCCAGCUGGACAAAGAUGGGGCAAUUUCAUUCCAGUAAGAGCAAAUCGUUUUAUAAUUCACAAUGAUCAUCAAAAUCCAGAACUUUCAUCUUUAGAUACAUUUGUUUCUCAAUUGGAAAAUUUUGAUCCAAAUUUACUAGUAAUUGGAGGACUGCAAAUGAUGGAUAAUUUCCCAAUGCAAGAAAGUAAACGCCGAGAUAGAUUACAAAAAGUUCAGAACUUGAUGAAAAAGCAACCAGAAAAUGUGAGGAUUCAUUUUGAAAUGGCUUCUUUCAGUGAUGAAGACCUUUUCAGAGAACUUGUUCAAAAUAUUGUACCUUAUGCUGAUUCUUUAGGCAUGAAUGAACAAGAAUUACCAAAUCUGUACCACAUGUUGAAAUAUGGAAACAUUAGUUUAGUAGCUGAAUCUCGUCCCAGAAUUGCUGUUAUUUUAGAUGAAAUGAGAGAUGUUUUCAAAUUUCUUCAACAAACAUUAGAAACGGGAGGUCGGCGUCGACUCACAAGGCUUCAUGUUCAUACUUUAGCAUUUCAAGCAUUUAUGACUGAUAAAAUGUCACCUUGGAAGAAUUCUAAGGCUGCAGCAGCUAAAUCAGCUCUUACUGCAAAUCGACACACUUGUGGUUCUGAUACUAUAAACCCAGAAAAGUCUAAGCUGAUUAUGGAUGAAGCUUUCACAACAAGUCUCAGAGAAAAUGCAGAAAGAAAGCACUUCGAUGUCAAAGAUCCAAUAUCAUGCUGGGAUGAAGGCACUUACGAAGUCUGUGUUGCUCCAGUGCUAGUGUGCACUGAAGUACUACAGACUGGUGGUGGUGGUGAUAAUAUAUCAUCAGCUGGACUGGUUUUACAAAUUUAGGUUAUUUUUAAUUCUAAAAUGCUCAGGUCAGUCAAUUUUAUUAAAAAUUUACCAUAAAAGCACUCUUAAGACAUUCCUAUUUGUUCUUAUGCCAAUGUAAUUCCUAUUUUUAAACAUUCAAGAAACAUUGGUAAUUUGGAUUUCUAGUCACCAAAGUGAAAAAGAACAUAUUUUAAAAUAUAUGGUUUACAAUCAUUUUGUUAAGUUUUAUUCCUUUGAUUUUUGUUUACCAUCUUUCAAGGUCACAUUUUCCAUUAUGCAAUUUGGAUGUUUUAGUUCAAAUUAAGUUUUAAAUUUUGCAAACUGCAGAUAAAAUAUUGAAAAUUAAAAUAUAUCUCUAUAAAAAAAGGAAAAAAGUAUUGAAGGGUAAAGCCCUCAAAAUAAAAUUUAUCAGCACUUUUUUUUUUUUUUAUCUUGUAAGAUCAUCCAUGUGAAGAAACUUAGUAGAGAAGCUGGAAAAAAAGUUUGUUUUUAUGUGUUAUGUAUGAAUUGUUUUGUGUAAAAUUUAUUUUUAGAAUUCAGCCAUGAAAACUUUGCGAAGUGCAACUGCACUUUAUCAUUAAUCAUGUCAGUAAAAUCAUUAUUUUGAAAUUUAGUUAUUCUUCUGAAAGUCGGGAUAACUGUUUGUUUUUUUAAAAAUGGAAAACUAUUAUAUUUUGAAUGAUAUUUCAGCAGAACAUUUGUACAAACAUGCAGUAAAAAUUCUCCCUCUCUGUAUAACAAAUACUGUAAUUAUUUUAGAAUUAAAUUUAAAUUAUAUCUUUGUUGUUGUUAGUUCAGUAUAUAUAUUUGAAGAGUAUUUACAUUUAUCAUUGUAUGUACAAACAAAUAUUGAUAUUAGUUAUUUUUCACUAUUAUUCAGGCUUAUCUGUUAAGUUAUUAUUUUGUGGAAUUAAAAACGAAAUAAUGCGCAAACAGUUGAAUAAAAUAAGAAUUGUAAAGAAUUUAGUUCAAUGACCAGUGUUAGUCAGUAUUUAUAUUUUGAAAAAGAAAUUUUCUUUGUGAAGUUUUUAAAUGCAUAAUAAUUUGUAUAUUUUUAGGCAAUGGCUUUUGUUUAUAGAUAUGUCUAAAAAGACAUUAAAAAAAUAGAUAACUUCAAUAUAAAUGAGGCUGUUAGCAAAUUAAAAAAAAAAAAAAAAUCUUGAAACAUAGAAAUUUUAAAGAAUCAAAGAUUUUUUUUUUUUUUUUAAUAUUUUACAGAAUUUUAUUUUUGAUUAAAGCAAAUGCCUAACAUCAAUAAAAUUAGAGCCAAAGUUAUUAUAAGACAUUACAGGAACAUAUUGUGAAGAAAACUGCAUUUUGUUCAGAUCCAUGAUAAAUGUAAAUUUUGUCUACUCCAUUAAGUUUGUUGAAAUAGUUUCGUAUUUAAUUCAUCUAAUAUUUGUAUUUAUGCUGGAUUAUUUAUUUAAAAAAAAUUAAAUUAUUUCAUUAUUGCUUUGGAAGUCACUUUAAGUUUUUUUUUUUUAGGAUCUCUAAUACAGUUACUAUGUAUGAAAAUAAUGCAAUAAAAAGUAUGAUAGAAUCUGAAAUAAUAUAUAUUUUAUAGAUGGUUAUUUUUAUGUCACUUUUAAUGUCGAGUUAUGCAUUCGAUUUUUAUAUGUUACAGCAUUCUUUUAUAAAUAUUUAAUUAAAAAAUAUUGUAUUUAUUAAUAUUUAUUUGGUAGUUUUUAUUAGAUUUUUGUAAAAUAAUAUUUAUUUUUGUUGUUUUUAUUUCAGACCAUAGAAUGGUUAUAUAUCCUCAAAUAUGUUUUUGAAAUGUUUGAAUGACUGUUGAAAAUGUUUUACUUUUUUAUAAUUCUGUAGUAUAUUUCAAAGCUUCUUGAAAUCUGAAUCAAGAUCUCUUUGGAAUUCCAAAUUGAAAUAUUGGGAAUGCAAUAGCAAUUAAGGCUUUUUUUAUAUCUGUCAAAGUUUAAAAGCAUUACAUUUUAAAACAAUAAUGUUGGUUCAAAAUUUUUAUUAAACUUUGCCAAAUAAUUAUUUUUGAUUAAUUUUAAGCAGAUUUUAAUUAUUUAGUGUUUAAUUUUCUUUAUUUACUUACUUUAUGGCACAAUUUUUCUGUUAGCAAUGAGAUCGAAAUACAUUAUUCCUCUAAAAAUUUUUUGUCUUUAAUGGAAAAAUUUAUUGUAUACAUUCAAGGAACACUGUAUAUUUGAUUGAGACCUCUAUUUUUGGACCAAAAGAAUAGGAAGAGAACUAUUCACUAAUGACUUAUGUGCAUUCUGUGAUAAAUAUUGUGAGAUUUAUAAGUUACUGCAAUUAAAUGGAAGCAAUUUAUUUGCAACAAAAGUAUGGUCACCAUUAUACGAAUUGGUAUAUAAAUUAUGUCUUAUUUGUGUUUGUUUUCUUUUUUUUUCACUGGGACCAGUAAGAAAUCUGAAAGAUCUAAGAAGUAUAUGAAAGUAGAGUGAGCUGUUUGGUAAAAAUAUGAAUUUUUUAAUUUCAGGCUUGCAGAUUUUUAUUUAUUGUAGCAAGAGCUGCUGAAUAUAUCCUCUCACUAAAUGAAACACUUUAGGUACAUAAUUGUAUCGUUAUACCAAAAUUUAUUUAUUUACUUUUAAAAACACAACUAUUUUAUUUUAAUCUAGAGUUAUGAAAAGUCCAUUCAUACUUGAAUAAAAAUACGUAUUUAUCUACUUAAUUUUUUUUAUUAUUUGUUACUUUUAUUAAAUUUUUGUUGUAUAAUUUUUUUUAAAAUUUGUGCUAUUUUAAUUUUUUUAGAUUGUAAAUUUAAGAAAAUAAUUUUUUUUAUGAUCUACAUUUUAAUAUAUACUCUCAUUAUUAAAGUAUAUGUUGGAAUAGACUUGAAAAUUCUGCUUUUGCAGAAAAAUAUGUUUAUCCUUCAUGUAUUUUGAGCAGUGCUAAAAUUUUAUACUGAAUUGUUAUUAUUAGUGUUGAAGUCUCAAAUUACUCUAAAAAGGAUUUAAAAAUACACAUUUUCUUCAUAUCUUGCCAAAUAAUUUCUUUUGACUUGUAAAAAUUCAUCUUAAAAUAAGUAAUUUUAAAAACAGAAGUAUAUCAGAAGUGUUUUUAGAUUCUGUAGAAUACUAAUAUUCCUUGUAGAAUGUAAUAUUCCUUUAAGACAGAGUUUCUCAGCCUGAAAUACAUCUUUCAUAUAAACAAAGCAGCUUCUAAUAUCAGAGUAGUCAACAAUUGCUAGAUCUAUUUGAUAGCUAUGAAUUUAAGUUAUUUGUUAUAUUUAUCUAUAUAUUUGUGUGUAUAAUUUUUAGUUUUUUUUUUUUUCUUUUCUGAAUAUAUGUGUAUUUUAUUUACAUAAAAUGAAAUAAAAUAUUUAUGAAUAUAUUAAGUGAUAAAGGUAAUAAGUGAUAAUAAUUUAUUGUUAUAAAUAUAUUAAGUGAUAAAAUUUCACGAGUAAAUAUAUUAAGUGUGAAAUUUUCUAAUGAUUUAUAGAAAUUAAGUUGAUUAUCUACUCUUUUAUCAACUCUUAUUGGAGAUUAGAUUUUUAUACAUGACAUAUUUGACAAAUUACUGUUGACACAUGGAAGAUGACUUAUUAUUAAAAGUAAAAAAUACAGCAAAUAUUUUAAUUCAAAAUAAAUAUAUAAUGCUGAAAAUAAUCACUAUAAAAGAAUAUGUAGACAAGAAACAUUCAUAUAUUUAAAUAGUUUUCAAAUCUGUGGUAAAAUAUUCUUUUUGUGAUGUUUCACAGCGUUUGAAAUGAGUGGCAUUGAUUAAUAAUUGAUUUGUAGUUUACUUCAAACAUUCCAUGGUAGCUUUUACUAAAAUCACUUUUUUUACAGUUGUUUAUGUAUAGUUAAAUACAUUAAUAAUGAUAUAAAAAUAUUCAAACUAUGAAAAGGAUUUAUGAGUUUUAAAUAAAUUUUUUCUUUAUCAUACUCAUCAAAUCUAAAACCAUGAAGCUAAAAUACUUUUAAUGAUUUGAGUUAUUUAAUUUCAUUCAAUUUGUUAUAUUUGUUGAUUCUUUUUUAACUGAUUUAUUUUAGACAUUUACUAAUGGAUUAUCUUCUUUUGUUUAGUUUUUAUCAGUUAAUAAAUUAGUUGAUUUUAGAGGUGAAUAUGAAUUUCAUUCUUAUAAUGCAACUUUAAUUGACACAGCAUCAAUUUUUUAAAAAAAAAUGAAUUCAUGUGACAUUUUAUUUUUUAUUACUCAGAUUUUGAAGAUUAAUCUACUUAACAAAAACGAGAAAAAUUAAUAAUAAUCACUUAAGGAAUAUCUUAUUUAAAGCACGAGAUUUCUUUUGUUUAAUUAAUUGAUCAUUCAUUUUAUGUUUCUUUAAAAACUCUUGAGUUGAAUUUCAUUUUACUAACUUGACUUAUUUAGAAAGUCUUUGAAAAUUCAAAAUUAAAUAAAAUAAAUUAGGAGACAUUAUCAUUUAUUUUCUACUAGAAGCAUUAUUGAAUAGUUAUGCAUUGAUCAUUAUAUAGUUAAGAUAACUUUUUAAAGAAGUCUGGAUCUCUGCUGAAGCUUAAUUAUUAGUGCUGAGUUUGCUAAUAGAGAAAUUGUAUCUAUAUUUUCACAUGUCUAAUAGUAUAUGUGCCAAAAAUCUUAGAGUAGUACAUUUCUUUCAAGAAAAUCAAGUUUCAAUUACAAGAAUUUCAGUUCCAAGUUUUUUUUGUGUGUGUGUCUAUGGUGGGACACAAUUUUAAAAUAAUUGAGUUUAGUUCAAAUGAAUUGUAAAAUUUAUGAAGUUUAAACUUAUUAUUUCUGUAAAACUGAAAAAGUAUAUUUCCCGGAUUAUUUUUAAAAUGAGAAAAGAGUUCUUUCAUAAUGUGUCAUAAUUUUAGUAUUUAUGUUUAUAAUUUAGUUUUAGAUUUAUUUAUAGAAUUUUUUACUAAUUUUAUCAUGUGAGAACAUGAUAUUGUUUUCGCUUGAGGUUUUUAGAGUCUCAAAAUGUGAAGGCAAUAAAUUAGCUAUUUAUCCCUUUUUCUUUAUUUUAGAGUCGGCUUUAACACUAUAGCUUUUGAAAUAUCUAUUGUCUGCUAAUGUACUAUUUUCCUUGGAAAUCACAGUGUUAUUGCCUAAUUCGUGAAUGUUUUUUUAAAAAUAAAUGAAACAAGUUAAAAUAUUUUUUGUUUAAUCGAUGAAAUUAUCCCUGAAACAACAAUCUUUAACUAAUUAAAAUAUGUUUAUCAGAAAAUAAUGUAGAAGGCGAUUUAUCGCUAACUAAAGUUACAACUUAAUUUGCAUUCUUUCUUAUACACUCUUUGAAUUUUUACGAAUUGUCUUAAUUAAUUUAAGUCAUUAACCAGUUUAAACUGGUUUGAAACAAUCAUGAGACUAUCAGAUUAUGUACAUGUCUUUAUUUAGAAAAACAAUAUUUUUUUUUUCUUCCCCCAUUUCAAACUUGGUUGAGUUCCAAAACUUUGUUUCGCAGCUAGAAAAAUUGAAAAUGAAAGUUAUAUAUAUAUAUAUAUAUAAAGAGAGAGAAGCCUCGUGGUUGCUUCAAACCGGUUUAAACAGGUUAAUGAGUUAAAUUAAUUAAGACAAAUAAUGACUUAAAAAUAAUAAUGUUCUCACAUGAUAACUUGAAAUUUGCGGUAGUAGAUUUCAUUUUUUUUAUUGUUAUAUUGAUCUCAUUCCAAUUUAUUGCAUAUCUUUACAAUUGUUAGUCACACUUAGGAAUUUUUCUCUGUUUGUUCUAUGAUUUGCUGAAAUAUUUCUGUGAAUUGUGUUAUAAUUUUUCAGUUCUUAAUAAUUCAGUCAUAUAUACAUUUCAGAAUCUAUCUUGUGUUCUUAGAACUUAACUAUUACAAAAUGUAUUCAACAUAAAUAUUUAUUCAUUAUUUUAAAAAGUUGGUUGAUCUUUUUCUGUAAAUAGAUGAAUAUAAAAAAACUUUGUAGUUUGUUUAUAUGUAUUAAAAGUACAUUUUAUAUUAUAUUUGUAUUAAAUAUUACAUUAUUAUUAUUAUUUAAAAAUAAUGCAAUUAAUUAAAACAGCUGUUUAGGCUUUUUCAUUAAUAUCUCUUGUGUAUGCACAGAAUGAUUUCAUAACAUUCUUUGAAAAAAGUUGAAAGGACACACGACUGUAAUAAUACAUGUAUGUGCUGUAGAAGUCAAAAUGCUAAAAUUUUAGCUUCUUAUUGUAGAUUUGCUCAAAUUAUUGUACAAACAACAUUAUAUAAAGGAACAAACUCAAAUAUUUUUUUUUAUGUUUGUUUUUUGCUUUACAACUUGAAAUCGAUAUUUUUAGUUUUCCCCCAUAACUUUUUUUUUUUUUUUUCAUGUUUAAUUCUAGUUACAAGGAUUAAAGUUGUUAGUUAUUACUUUUCAUAAAACAUUGCUAUGAAUAUUUAUUCAAGUCUAAAGUGUGAGAACAUGUUCUUGUUUGCAUUAUUAUUAUUUUUAUUUAUAGAAACUAAUCAACUAGUUAGCUGCAGUUUUUUUUUAAUUACUGUAUAAUCAGUUAAAAUUUAAUAUAAUGUAAACAUUAAAAUCGUAGAUAUUCUGAAAGUGCCUUAAAGAGUAUACUUGGAUUCUUCUCUUACUUCAACUCACUAUAGUUUUCAAGGAUUUUUUUUAAAGAACUAUAUCUUUUAUUGUAGAAUCUAGAAUGUGUAAUGUUUUAUAUUGAUCUCAUUGUUAAGACCAGUAUUACAUUAUUAAAAUAUAUUUUAAUAAGCUUUAAUACGUUUAUAUAUUAUUUCAUUCUUUUUUUUAGGUUUUUUCUGCCUUUUAAUGAAAUAUAAAAUCACAAUGAAGUAUCGAUUGUAAUUAUACUAAAAUCAAAUCAGUAUGUGUUAUUUUCGACUAAUGUAAUUAAUUUUUAUGUAUAUUAUUCAUAUAAAUAUAAAAAUAUCAAAGUAUUUUCAUGGAUAUUAUUGAAGCUUCAAUCAUGACCAAUAUUGAAACUUAGUUGCAUUAUUCAAUUUUUAAAAUUAAACUAAACACUCUUGAAAAGUAAAUAAAUAUUCAGUACUUGUCAGAAUAGUAGCCAACUUUAAUAAUAAUCUUAUUAUAUAAAAUAAAACUAUCUAUGAAAAUAAUUACUGUUACAAGAACAGUAAUCUUUUAGAUAUUGGAUAAUUUAUUGUAAUGUAAAAAUGAUAUUUCAACUUAUUUCUUUGUUCCAAACACUCUUAUAAAAACAGUCUAAUGGUGAAUGCUGUUUCAGUGGUCUUGCAAAUUCAUGGAAAUUGAUGUUUUGACUAAAAUGUAUAAAAAAUUUCUUAUUGAGAUACAUUAUCAAAACUUUUCAGUGAUAUUCUGUUGAAUUAUGAGAAGUAUUACUCUAUAUAUGAAUAUAUUUCAUAUAUAGAGUUUCAUACGAAUUACAGAAAAUUAAAAAAUUCCUUGACUCAUUAGAAAAUUCAGGAUUUAAAUUUCAUUCAAAAAAAUAAACCAUCUGCAAAGCUCCAUCAGGUUACAAAGAAAAUUCUCUAAAUUCAAAAUAGGGCAAAAUUUAGUAUUAUUUUCACAGAUGAAGAUACUUUUGUUUUAAAUAAAAUCGAAUGGACAUAAACAUCAGAUAGUGUAUUUGUUGACAACUUUAUUUUUACAGGAAUUUUAAUCUUUAUAUGCUAAUUCCCUUCUAUUGAAAUUAAAAAUUCUAAAUUAUUUUCAAUCUUAUUUUUGUUGUUGUGAGCAAUAAUUUAUAUUCCACAUCUUCCUAAUUAAUCGAUUAAAAAUUAUUAAAAUUCCUGUGGGUAGAAAAAUUUGAGUCAGUGUUAGAUAUUUGUAAAUAGUCUUUAAAAAAAAAAUAAGAAUUUUAAUGUAUGAAUAUAUUUGAGGUUUUCUUAAUAUUUGCUUUUACAUUGACAAAUUCAAAAUUGAUUUUAAAAAGUCUUUAUUUUAUCAUGAGCAAGAUAAAGUGAUUGAUAUUUCUUGAACUUAAUAAUAUAUCUAAGCUUAAUUUUCUUAAAAUUGCAAUUAUAGUGUAAUACUGGUCUUCGGACAAAUGUGUCACACAUAUUAUGUUCCAAUUUUUUAGCGUUAUUCAAAUACCGUAUUCAAAGUUUUGAUAGAAAAUUUUGUUUAUGAUCCUAAAUAAAUUCUUUAUUUCUGAAUGUAAUAAAUGUAACAUUUUGUUAUGAAAAUUAUUCAAUUUUAUUUUAACAAUUUCUGUGUAAUUGCCGCAUGGCAUAAUUUAAAAAAUAUUUUUUGAUUCUUGACAUAACAAAAAGCAAAAUAUGCAUUCUGUGACUUCCUUUGGUUUCCCAAGAAAAAUGGUGCAAUUUUAUAUGCAUAGAAUUCAUAUCUUAUUCAAGAGUAAGAGCUAUGAGAUAUUUAUGUCACAUUUUUCCAAACAUAUGUAUGACAAAUUAAAAAUUGUUUGUGAAAGAAAUUCAGAUCAUUGUUGUUAUAAUUGUGUUUAUCAAAGAAUAAUAAAAAGAAAUUAAUUUUUGCA